CCACCACGCGGUGGCCAUCAAAGCCUUUACAAAAGCGUCCCAAGCCGCCAGCUGGUCCGGAUGAUCCUGAACAUUACCAAAAGAAAGCUGAAACUUAUCGUUUUGAAACGACGCCAUCGUCUCCCGUCGGCCUACGCCAACAAUGCUUCUCCGCAACCGGUCUGCGAACCUAGAGAGGGGAGAGAGAACCAGGGUUAGCGACUCCGUCUGCGCCAUCUCUUCCGAGGACCAUCCUCCCGGAACUACGCCAGCAGGAUUGCUGGACGGACCUACCGAACAAGACCUCCUCGCUUCCGCUCGUCCUUCGGGGAAAAAGAAAGAAAAGCGGCUAUCGCAAGACAACGCUCCGUCCGUCGCUGGGCUGCUCUUCGAGCCUGUUGACCUGCUCACUCCGUUCGAGAAAAAACACUUGCCUCCGGCCUGUGUGAGAAGAGAGGAGAAAAAAACCCUCCGUCUGUCGGGGAACCGCUGGUUCUUGUGGUCGCCUCCUCCUGUCGGCUUGCAGGCCAAUUUGCCUGUUUUGGCGGGGCUGCGUCCCUGGCCCCUGACCAAUCGCCUUCGCCCUGCUCGGCUCCUACCCACUCCUCUCCUGCGGAUCGGAAUAACCCUCGUCCCGCCGUCCAAUGUUGGGUUGGGGGACUGGGGGACUGGGGGAACUUAUACAAACUAUAGAGUUGAAUGCUCUCUAUUGGUCGCAUCGCUCACGCAAGGCCCACUUCCUGGGCAACCGACAACAAGUGUCGGCAGCUGUCGCUUAGUCAACUGAUCGUUGGACGUAGGCAGAAAGAAAAACAAAGAAAAGUCUUUGGGUCUGAACGACCAUCU